AUGCUUAGUCGUAUUUCUGAGUUGAGUAAUGUUCUACAACAAUACAGGAAGCAUCCAUCUGCUGGCCCAAGAGAGCUUACACAGGCAAUGGUUUGGUCCAUUGAAGAGGCUAACAAACCAACCAAGAGGGGAAAGAAGCCUGAAACACAGAAGGGAGAACAGGUAACUAAGCAAACCAAGGGGCAAAUCCCCAAGAAGCGAAAAUAUGAUAAAGCUACCCUUUCUCAGGCUCAACCGAAAAAGCAAAAGAAGCCCACUCGGAGACUUAUUCUGCAAUCUUCAAGAGAUUCAGAAUAUGUCCCUCCUAAGCACAAGAACACUCCUCCAUUGGAAUCUGAAAGCGAAAGCUCAAAAGAAGAAGCUUCGGGCCGAGGUGAUACUCCACCUCGCUCCCCUACCCCAAAAAUUUCAGUUCGCUCCAAUCCCCCUUCACCUACACCUGUAACAAUCCCAAUUUCCAUCCAUCCUUUCUCUCCAAUUACCACCUUCCAACCAUCUACUAUAAUUCCUAUUCCCACUCCUAUUUUCAUAGAUACCACCACUACCACACAAACUCGCUCUACUAUUCCUAAUCCACUUGCAACUGAUCCUCAGGUUACAACCGAACCUCCACCAUCUUCCAAACCCUUAUCUCCCACUCAAUCUGCUGAAACAACCCUUAUUCUGGGUGGUGAGGAUUUGGAGUUUGAUUCCACAUACUUCAAUGCUUAUAGAGUGCAGAGCGAUGAUGAUUAUGAUGAGCCUGUUACCAAACGUCAUCUAAAGGCAGUAAAUAAAAAGCUUGAUAAGCUGCUUUCAUCCUCUUCGUCUGGUGCCUAUUCUGAAGCUGCCUUGAAGUCCUUGUUCUCCUCGGUUGUCACUGAACACAGUACUACUCUAUCUGCUGCAGCCAAGGCAAUAGCAGCCUCCACUUCCCAAUGUCAACAGGCCUCCCUUGCUGUUGAUGUCUCUACCAAGUAA